CUCUGAACACACAUUAUUUUUGGACUGUGGGCCCCCGCAGCAGCUGAGGCCCAGCUCAUUAUAAAUGGACCGGCCUCAGUGACUGUGUGUCACUGUUGGGUCUGGAAGCAGGAUGAUGGCUGCAGCAAAGAUUGCGCUGCUGCUGUUUGCAGCGAUCGGCUGCAACGCAGCACCGGCUGCAGAGGAGUGCCGGGGUCUGGCCAAACGGCUGCCCAGUAAAAACCUGCAUGAGAUUUACGGUGAAUGGGUUCUGGUCUGGUCCGUCAGUGACUUUCACGUUGGCCAAAGUUUACUGGGAAAUUUAACCAGUUCCCACGUUGAGUUCAAACUCCUUGCUGACAACAAAACAAUCGAGUACAACGAGAAGAACAAAUUCUCCGACCGCUGCACCUCCUACUUUAUCAACCUGACGGUUCCCUCUGGCGACGCUGAACACCACACGCUGGCCAUUCAGUCCAUCAGACUGGAGAGGGACGGAGUGGAAAUCAACUACAACGACACCGGAGACGUUGAAUUCUACGAGAGCUGCGACGACUGUCUGCUGAUGACCUUCCAAAGUUCAAGAAUGAAAUUCCUGCUUAGCUACAGGCGGGAGGGUUCGCACCGGGACGUGGAGCGACACAGAGCCGCCCACGACGACCAUAAGAAACUGGCCGAGUGUCUGGGAGUCCCACACGACAAACCGUACACCUACGACGGAGUGGCAGAUUUCUGUCACAAGAAGUCGGCUCCAGAAGCAAACGCCGACCGGUCCUGAGUGGAGUGAGGAGGAAGAGUCGACCUCCAUGAGGAUUAAAACACAUUUAAAAACUAUUAAAAAGGCUUCAGAUGUGAAUUUAACCGUUUUUGUUGACUGUUAAAUUAAAAUUAAAUAACGGUGGACAGCUGCAAACGUUAUUUUUAAGCUGCAAACGGUUAAGGAUUUAUUUUUUGUGUUGCUUACAUUCAGUUUUUUUUUUCUCAGCUUUUACGGUGAAACUAAUCUGAAAACUCAUCAGUAAAAUUUCAUCUUUCAUUUGGCGGCAGUGGAGGCUCAAAAUGUAAACCAGAAAAAAUAAAAAGUGUUGAAAGCAGCUGGUAAUCCUUAAAUAAAGAUUUGAAUUUG